AUGCUGCUCCCGCUGCUGCUGGCCGCGCUCUGCCUGGCCGCACGCGCCUGCCAGCUGCCCUCCGAGUGGCGGCCGCUGAGCGAGGGCUGCCGCGCCGAGCUGGCCGAGACCAUCGUGUACGCCAAGGUGCUGGCGCUGCACCCCGAGGCGCCCGGCCUCUACAACCACCUGCCGUGGCAGUACCACGCCGGCCAGGGCGGGCUCUUCUACGCCGCCGAGGUGGAGAUGCUGUGCGACCAGGCGUGGGGCAGCAUGUUGGAGGUGCCCGCCGGCUCCAGGCUCAACCUCACCGGCCUGGGCUACUUCUCGUGCCACUCGCACACCGUGGUGCAGGACUACUCCUAUUUCUUCUUCCUCAGGAUGGAUGAAAAUUAUAACCUCUUGCCUCACGGUGUCAACUUCCAAGAUGCCAUCUUUCCAGACACUCAAGAAAACAGAAGAAUGUUUUCCAGCCUUUUCCAGUUUUCCAACUGUUCUCAAGGGCAGCCGCUAGUGCCCUUCUCCAGCGACUGGGAAAUCCAGGAAGACAGCAGGCUCCUGUGCUCCUCCGUGCAGAGGGCCCUGUUUGAGGAGGAGGAUCACGUGAAGAAGCUGCAGCAGAAGGUGGCCGCCCUGGAGAAGCGCAACCGGCAGCUCCGCGAGCGGGUCAAGAAGGUCAAGCGGUCCCUGCGGCAGGCGCGGAAGAACGGCCGCCACCUGGAACUGGUCAACCAAAGGUGUCACGCUGGUUGA